AGCCACUGCGCGCUCGCCGGAGAGCUGGGUGCCACCGCUGUUUCCGCUGCUGAGCCCUGCCCGCCGGCCGGCCCGCUCGCUAGCUCGCUUCCCCUCGCCCAGGGGGAAAGGUCAGCAGCGUCCUGGAGCCGCCGUGUCACUCCCCGAAAGCCAUGAACUGCAGCGAGAGCCAGCGGCUGCGAACCCUUCUGAGCCGCCUGUUGCUCGAGCUGCACCACCGGGGUAAUGCCAGCGGCUUGGGCGCUGGCCCUGGUCCCAGCAUGGGCAUGGGGGUCGUGCCUGACCCUUUCGUGGGCCGCGAGGUGACCAGCGCCAAGGGCGACGACGCCUAUCUCUACAUCCUGCUCAUCAUGAUCUUCUACGCCUGCUUGGCCGGAGGCCUCAUCCUGGCCUACACCCGCUCCCGUAAGCUCGUCGAGGCCAAGGACGAGCCGUCCCAGGCUUGCGCCCAGCACGAAUGGGCCCCGGGAGGCGCCCUGACCGCCGACGCCGAGGCUGCCGCGGGCUCCCAGGCCGAGGGCCGCCGCCAGCUUGCCUCCGGGGGGCUGCCUGCCCUCGCCCAGGGCGCUGAGCGGGUCUAAAACCACAGCCCCAGGUUGCUGGUUCGCGCCCUCCUCAUCUCGCUCAUCCCUGGGCGCGCCUCCCACCUUCCACCCCCAACUCCCUUCCAGG